GUAGAAGAAGAAUUGGAAGAUGGUGAAGAAGAGCAGAUCCGUGUGGAUGACUUUAUUCGGGAUGCAACCAAUCUUCGAAUCACUACCUUCCAGUUGGAUGGGUAUGCGAAUGAAUAUGUAGAGAUGCGACGGGCCCAAACCGCACAUCUCGUGGAAAUGGACAAUUUACGGAAUGAGAACCGACAGCUGAAAGCUCGCAUAAAAAAGCUCGAAGAGGAAUUUGCACAAACCGAAACAGAACACUGUGACGUGAUUAAUCAACUCGUAAGAGCUAAAAUUGAAAAAGAGGAAUACGAAGCAGAGUUGACUAUCAUCAAUGUCCUCUCUAAGUGGGAAUCGACAAGUGUCUGCCUAGCAAUCACUGUUCCGCGCGUUCAAACGCGCGUCUUGACGUUCUCCACCGUGCAUCCCCUCGGACCUAUCAUACACAUCCGGUUCACUAGAUCGAGCUUAUUAUUGUCUGACUCAUUUCCUUUUUUCGCAUCACUCGAGUCUUCUUGUAUUCAUACGCAUCCUGUUAUCCCACCCCAGCAAUAUUACUUUCUUCUAAUCGGUCUCGUCCUUGCCAGUGUUCAACAGCUCGUCGUUGGUACCGCCUGCUCCUCGCUCUAA